GUAAAUGAAUUUCCGGUGGAUGACGUGUGUCGGAUUUGUUUGUAUUUCUGGUUUCCAGUUCUAUUUUCACUAUGUUGAAAUUAUAUAGUAUUUUGACAGUUUCCGAAUUAAUUUUGCUUCCUCUAUGUUCAGGAUUGUAUUUUCAUAUAGGAGAAACAGAGAGAAAAUGUUUUAUUGAAGAAAUUCCGGAUGAGACCACUGUUAUUGUAAAUUACAAAGUGGAACUCUUUGAUCCAAAGAGUGGCGGCUUCAUGCCCUCGAGUCCCGGAAUUGGUAUGCAUGUAGAGGCACGCGAUCCCGAUGAUAAAACAAUCCUUUCGAGAGUUUACAGUUCGGAAGGAAGGAUAUCCUUUACAUCCCACACUCCAGGUGAACAUAUUAUAUGCCUUUAUUCCAACAGCAGUAAGUGGUUUAGUGGUUCACAGUUGCGUGUACAUCUAGAUAUCCAAGUGGGUGAACAUGCUAUUGACUAUGCAAAUGUGGCCCAGAGAGAGAAGCUUUCUGAGCUCCAGCUAAGAGUAAGACAACUUCUGGACCAAGUGGAACAAAUAACAAAAGAACAAAACUACCAGAGGUAUCGAGAGGAACGUUUCCGGCAGACAAGUGAGAGCACUAACCAGAGAGUCUUGUGGUGGUCCAUUACACAGACAUGCAUCUUACUGGUCAUGGGAGCAUGGCAAAUGAGGCAUCUCAAGAGUUUCUUUGAAGCAAAGAAGCUGGUAUAAUGUUUAAGAGUGGAAAUGAAGCGUCAUGGUGUAAAUAAAUUCGUGUUCAAAGUACUCACGCUGAUAAAUAUUACAUUUGUUCACUGUACGCUACAUAAGCUUUGUAAAAAUGCAACAGGCUUGAGAUACAAAACAGUUGAUAGCUGCAUAAGAUGCAAGUCCAGUCUGCUCUACCCAGGGACAUGCUGGAGCACUUUUCUGGACAGCAUCUUGUUUAUUAUCUUUUUUGUGUGUUUUGUACUUUUUUGUUCAUCUAAACCGGUAGUAAUGCGUCAUGUGGCUGUAAAUUCUAAACCUUUGUCAUUGUGAUUCAUUUUAUGCAGCCUGCUCUUGGCAACUCUGAACUAUGCCAUUUUUUAAAAGUAGUGUUUCCAAGAAACCCGUAAAACCAUUGUCAUAUACAAAGUGAAGGAAAUUAUUAAAAUUAAAACAAAAUUAUCCUUUUUAUACCCUCACAUUUGUUCACACCAGUCUGUUUCUUGCAUUGAAGUUAUAGUGACAGUAGAGAUACUGUAAUUAGAUUAGCCCUUUCUUUGAGUUGUGACCACUACUAAAAAGAGAAAAGUAACUUGACGGGGCACAACUGUACAGAUUUUCCAUGUGGCAGAGAAACUUUUGCCUAACGAUGGAUGCCAAGAAAUUAAUUCAGGGGAAACAACGAAAGGCCACAAGAACAAUGAGUCAUAUCUUGCUACUUGGGAUGUGCUCAGUUUAUUCAGGACAGUAGCACUAAGAAGAGAAGUGGGAAGGCCCAAACAGAGAUUACUGGAAGAUGUAGAGAAUGAUUUAUGAGAGCUGAACUUGAAGAGAUGGAGGCAGAAAAGAAUGGGCAGUCAUAGAGGAGGCCAAGUUCUUAGAGACUGUUCAUCCAAGGACUGAGUGAGUGAGUCUUCUGUGUGAAGGGGGAUCUUUAAAUCAUACCUGGGAAGUUUCAUAGAAAUGGUAUACUAUGAAUAUGUUCUAGCUUUAGAAUGAAUUGAAGAUAUUCAUUUUAAGGGGUUUUCUUCGAUGAGAAGUGAAUGGGCGUUCAUGGAGACCUUGAUGUCUAAUACAUCUGCCAGAUAAAAAAAAUGUUUGGGUGAAAUGGAAAUUGUAAAUUAAGAAGUGAUAGAUUGUAUUUCUCACUGCAGUCAAGACCUGCCUUAAUGUAAAAGGCAUUGAGAAAUAAACUUUAGAUCUAACAUUCUGCA